AUGUUAAUGAGGGCAGCCCAGGGCUUCCUUAUUCGCACCCCGGUGCCAUUGAUGGGUGCUUUACUUUUAAUCAGUAACCUGGCCAUCGGUCCUUUCCUCUUCUUCCUGGCAGAAAUUCCCAACUUUCUAAGUGAGGAAGAAUGCAAGCUGAUCAUCCACCUGGCCCAGCUGAAAGGGCUGCAGAAGAGCCAGACGCUGCCCACAGACAACUAUGAAGAAGCCAUGGAAAUGAUUGAAGUCAGCCCGAUGGACGUCUUCAAUCUGCUGGACCAUAACCAGGAUGGGCAGCUGCAGCUCAAGGAGGUGUUGACCCAUACCCGUUUGGGGAAUGGGAGGUGGAUGACCCCUGAGAACAUCCGGGAGAUGUACACUGCGGUCAAGGCCGAUCCCGAUGGUGAUGGUGUGCUGAGUUUGGAGGAGUUUAAGCAGUUAAACCUCAAGGACUUCCACAAGUACAUGGGGAGUCAGAAGGUGAAGGUGAGCGACCUGGUGCGAAACAGCCAGCACACUUGGCUGUACCAGGGCGAGGGCGCCCAUCAGGUCAUGAGAUCCAUCCGGCAGAGGGUGCUCCGUCUCACUCGUCUGCCCAGAGAGAUUGUGGAACACAGUGAGCCUAUGCAGGUGGUCCGGUAUGAUCAGGGUGGACACUACCACGCCCACAUGGACAGUGGGCCUGUGUUCCCAGAAACAGCUUGCAGCCAUACAAAACUCAUCGCUAAUGAAACGUCACCCUUUGAAACUUCCUGUCGCUAUGUGACUGUGCUGUUUUACCUGAACAAUGUCACUGGUGGUGGGGAGACAACCUUCCCUGUGGCAGAUAACAGGACCUAUGAUGAGCUGUCUCUGAUCCAGAAUGACAUUGAUCUCCGAGACACCCGGAAACACUGUGACAAGGGGAACCUGAGAGUGAAGCCUCGGCAAGGCACAGCUGUCUUCUGGUACAACUACCUGUCUGAUGGGCAAGGUUGGGUGGGAGAAUUGGAUGAAUAUUCGUUGCAUGGUGGCUGUCUGGUCACCCAGGGAACCAAAUGGAUAGCUAACAACUGGAUCAAUGUAGACCCCAGCAGGAGUCGCCAGAUCCAGUUCCAUCAGGAGAUGGCUCGUUAUGCCCAGGAGGAGCUUGAGGCCCAGCCUGAGUGGACAGUGGACAAGUCCUACAAGAAUGUACACAUAGAGCUCUGACGGCGGGCAUGGGGUCAGAGACAGCCACAGACAGACCGCAGCAGCUUCUGCGGUGACGCUCAUGGGAGCCUUCACACCGUUGGCUUUAACUGGAAGCUGAUAGUUCUUUGCCUUGUCUGCCAGGAAGGCUCCCCAGUUUGGGGGGUCUAAUUCCCCUCCUUUAUGAGGCUCUAACAUGAUAUCUGAGGUAUCAGGCUUGAGGUAGUCAGAACGAUGAAUUAGUGAGAAAGUGGGGCAACCGUGAGCACCCGGAGGAGCCCUACUGUCCUGUGUCCGUGGAAUUUCUCCAGGAAAAAAAGGCCUGAAAGGAUUUUCAAAAAAGAAGGAAUUUACUUGGAGUCCAAGUGAGUUCAACCUAUGUGUGUAUGUGAGGCUUCUGGUGGCUUUCCUGGAAGUGUGGCUGUCCCCAUAUUUCCAUAGAAAUCCUCCAGGAGUGAGUAACUCCCUGGUGCUGGCCAGGCUAUGUCUGAGGAAGAGGGAAGUUCAUUUGGAGGGCAGCAGUCUCCUGGUGGAGGAAAGAGGGAAAGCUUGAAGUCUGUCUUAAGUCCUUCCUGUGUGUCUGCAAGGAGGGAAAUAGGCUGGAGUCUAAUUCUCACCUUCACACCCUGCAGUUAAGGGGAAUUUAAGCCCUAAGUUAUUUGUAGAAAUGUCACUGUCACCAGGAAAAAAAACUGAUUUGGUGCUUGAGAGUUCCAGGUGGGGGGGUGCAGGGAGCGGUUUGGGGAGGUGUGGGU